ACAAAAAAACAAGAAUGAGAGGGAGGGAGAAAGAUGGCGGCAAUGCUAGAACGUUUGGGCGCGCUAUGGAUGCAGAAUCUGAGGGGGACGUUGGCCUCGGGGCUUCUUUCAUCUCACAAUGUUUUAUACCAGUCACAUAUCCACACAAGUGUUUCUCUUGACAUUUCUCGAAAAUGGGAGAAGAAGAAUAAAAUUGUUUACCCUCCACAACUGCCUGGAGAACCUCGGAGACCAGCGGAAAUCUACCAUUGUCGAAGGCAAAUAAAAUACAGCAAAGACAAGAUGUGGUAUUUGGCAAAACUGAUCCGAGGAAUGUCCAUUGACCAGGCUUUGGCUCAGAUGGAAUUCAGUGACAAAAAAGGGGCCCAAAUAAUUAAAGAGGUUCUCUUAGAAGCACAGGAUAUGGCAGUGAGAGACCACAAUGUGGAAUUCAGAUCCAACUUAUAUAUAGCUGAGUCUACCUCAGGGCGAGGCCAGUACCUGAAACGCAUCCGAUACCAUGGCAGAGGUCGCUUUGGGCUCAUGGAGAAGGUUUUUUGCCAUUACUCUGUGAAGUUGGUGGAAGGCCCCCCACCUCCCCUUGAGGCACCAAAGACAGCAGUUGUGCACGCCAAAGAGUACAUUCAGGAGCUUCGCAACCGGACCAUCAUUCACACCCUAUAGUAGGGGAAUUCAGAUUCUACAUUGUAAAUAUUUUGCCAUUUAUUUCCUAGAAACAAACAAAAAUUAAAGACAAAGGCUUUUUUUGAUUUGCCAUUGACUUAUUGCAAUACCAAGUACAGCUACUAGCUUAUAUGAGUAUUUAUAAGACUUUGCCCAUCUCUCUUGAGCCUCUGGGUAUAUUUAUGCAUUUGCAACUUGGAAAGGGAAAUAAAUCAGUUUUAAACAUAAUAACAGCCUAUAAUUCAGAAGGCUUUUCUGAGUACUCUUUAAAAGGAAUGUAAUUCUCCAACUAGUGUCCUGCAGCUGGCAGUUUUGAUACUGGACUUGAUUAGAAUGUCAUGGGAUAAGAAAGCUUGUCAUUACAUUAUUUCACUUGAUUUCCUUUGGUAUUGCGAAGGGGUGAUGGAGGUGAGUGUAGCUGAAUGUUGUUUCAUUGCAGUGUUUCAGGGCAUUUGUAUUUCUUUUUUUUAUUUCCUUCCAUUGUUGGCAUAGGCCAGUGGGUGAGGGAUUAUAUUUUUCUUUACUAUUUUAGCAGUAAUGUGAAAUUACAGGAGUUUACUAGAUAUCUUAAUCUAAAACUCUAAAAAUGCUUUAACUUAGUUUUCUUCUAGUUAAAUAAAGACUGCUAUCGGGUCUGCUUC